AUGUGUUGCGUUGGGACACGGCCCCCAUCGAGCAACAACAACGGGGGGAAAGAAAAAGUCAAGCUGGCGGCAGAUGAGGAAAAGAGCUUGUUGGUGGAGGAGGAGGAGGAUCAGGCCAGCAGAGGAUCAGACAGUCCUGCAGACAGGGAGUCUCCUGGGCCACAUGACAAGAUAGUCCGUGUUAAGGUGGACUGGAACGUCCCCAUGUCAGUGGUGCUGCCCAUUCAGAUGCAAGUCGACCUCACAAACCAGGAGUUCCCUUUCCUGGACACAACCUUGGCUGAUCUGGGCAUCAAAGAAUCUGAGGUGAAAGAGAGGGUGGUCUGGGUGGACACGAAGAAGACGCAGGUGAAGAACAAAGCAGGGAGGCUGAAGGAGAAGGAGAUCACCAUCCUGGAGGUGAGGGUCAAAGCCCAGAAACCUGGAGAUCCUGCGCUGCAGGAGGUGCUGUACAGCACCGAGGCCCACACUGACCGCUCCUUCUGCCGCACAGGGAUGGACAUACUGCCCUGGAAACAGAGAUACACGGAGGACAACGUCUUGUCACCAGUGAACAUGACAAUGGCGUUGGAUGGGGGAAACAACCAGCCUGACCUGACGAAGGAGAUCUGAAGAAACUAAAGAGCCAACAUUCAGUUCAAUGCAGACAGGGAAUACUUUAACUUUAAACUGACAUGCAGUGUUUGUGUGAAUGGCUUAGUGUGUUGUUGCCUUCUGGCAUGGUCAACCAUUUGUAAAAAGGGAGGAUGCCCCGAACAGCAAAAAAAAAAUUGUAAACAUCAGCUUGACAAAGACCAAAAUUAUUAACAGAAAUAUAAUUCUUUGUUGUCUUUUAAAUGUGUUUUGGUGGAGCUGAGGAUUUUAACAUGACAUUUCCAAACAUUUCAACUUUAUUCCUAUUGUACACUUUUUACCUUAACACUAAAGCAUUGUUUCUCAACUAAAAUACAUAAUAUCCAAAAAAAUAUAUAUUUAAAGCUUCCAUAUAUAAAGCCUACAUGUUCUAAAAGGUAACUCAACAAUUCCCCAGCUCCAUGUAAAACCCUAUUGGAAAAAAAUAAAAAUAAUAAUUAGUCAUUUUAUCAGCAUUAUCAUUUUCAAGCAAAUGCUGUUCACACAAAGACACACAAUGACAAAAACAAAAAAACAUACUUUACCUGUACCAUUUUUAAACAAAAAAAUAAUUUUGUGAUUUUUACUUCACAGUAUUUUAAUUAAUUAAUCUUAAUAAAGUUGCAUUUAAAUACAUGCUGUCCUUCACAUGUUGACAUAGUGUUCUGCGGUUGGAUGAUUUAAUGAAAAAUUAAAUCAUCUUUGGAGAUUUGUAUCAGGGGUUCGUCUGUAUUAAAUUAUUACUCAAGAGUCCUGAAAGAUUUUGGACACACACAAGUAAUAUUGCAUCUAUACACAUAAAUCAGUUUUCUACUCAAGUCUCAGGGCACAUUUGUGCCAAAUUCCAUAAAGGUGAAU